AUGAAAAACAAUUUAACGCGUACAAAUAAUGAAGUUGAUAAUAACCUUUUACUACCACAACCAGUAGCAAAAAGGCAAAGAAAACAAGAAAAUGCAGUGGAUCAAAUAGCUACCACCACUUCAAAUUUCUUAGAUGUUAUAGAUUUAACAGAAGAACAAAAAAAGAUUGUAUUACAACGUAUGCAAGAAGUAAAAGCAAGAUAUCAAACUUUUAUUCAGGCUAUCUUAUUUGCCUCGGAUCUUGUAGAAGAAGAAGCAAGAUUGGCUUUAUCGAUUUGUAAUUACAAUGAACAAGAAGUUCUUAAUAAAUUAUUUGGAAAAAAUGGCAACCAAUUUCGUAAAUUACUAAAACCUGCUUCACAAGAUAUAGAUUCAAACAAACAUAUUGAUCAGUAUUUACCAUCAACCACUACGACAGUGAUUAGUAUUGGCACUUAUCAUAAGUCUCCUACUUGGUGGUCAAAUCCUGGUUCAUUAUAUCAUCAUCCAAUUCCUAUUAAUUAUAAAGCCACACGCAUCGAAUGGAAUAAGAUUUUUGAAAUGACGAUUGAAGAAGAUCAAAAUACAGGAAAUCCGCUUUUUAGAGUUACAGCAAAAGGAACAAAUUCUACCUUUAUUGGCUCUACACCCACCAAACCAUGGACUUCAGUCUGUGUUUCGUAUAAAAAAUCUAGAGCAACACGUAUUUCAGGACCUUUGUAUUUUGGAUUUUCUGAUGUGUUAUUGCAAAAGUUAUUGACAAAAAUGGUACAAGAUAGCGAUCCUGAAGAAUACUAUUAUAGAUUUGUUGGUGAAGGAGAAAUGCUUUGCACAAAUAAAGAAUGGAACGAAGAUGAAAGAAAUUUAUUGUUAACAGAAAUUCAUCAACAUUCAGGAUUUCAAUGUCAAUAUGAAUACAAUCGUCUAGUUACUACAGGUCAAAUAAAUGAGAUUGAUAAUUGCCCAGUGAAACCAUUACGUGUCAAUUAUGAUAAGUUUGUUAAACAGCUAGUAUCAAAUGGCCAAAUGAAAAGAGCAAGAAAAUAUUCUGGAAAAAGUGAUAAAGAUCUAAUUAAUAUUCUUAACAAGUAUGGCAGAGUUGGUAAUAAUAGUAUUGAUUUGAUUGAUAAUAAAUUUGGAAUUAAUUUUAAUCCUCUGAAUCCUGUUCUGCAUCUGAAAGAUGCUAUAACUUUGGAAGAAAUGAAAGAACCUACAAUUUCUCCUGAUGGAUAUGUAUGUGAUUAUCAAACUUGGAUCAAGAUUCUUCGUGAUCCUGAUGCCAAAGAUACUUGUCCGUAA